AUGAAAACUUCGUUGUUCUUCGUCUUGCUAUGUUUGUUUCAAAUAAACAAAUUAGGUUUCUGCUUAGAAGAAGAAGCUCAAAAGGCUAAAAAUGGAGUUGGAAGCAAUGGAUUCAUAACUGUCACUAGUUUCGGAGCUAUUGGCGAUGGAAAGACCGAUGAUACUAAGGCUUUUCUUAAGGCAUGGGAAGCUGUAUGUAAAGGAAGAAGUAGAGGCAAUACAAAGAUUCUUGUGCCUCAAGGGAAAACGUUCAUGCUGAAGCCUCUUGCCUUCGUCGGUCCAUGCAAGUCUUCCUCUAUCUCCUUUAUGAUAAGAGGUAAUCUUGUGGCACCGGGUUACACUUGGUAUGCGGGACGGUAUCCAACAUGGAUUAAUUUUGACAGUAUCAACGGCCUAGUUCUCACCGGAGGUGGCACUAUCGAUGGUCGUGGUUCUUUAUGGUGGGGCAAAGUUGAUAAUCGCCCCUCUGCAAUGCACUUCAACAACUGUAAUGGUCUUAGGAUUUCUAAUCUCCGACACUUAAACAGUCCUCGGAGUCAUGUAGGUCUAAGUUGUUCAAAGAACAUUGAGGUCUCGGGUCUAAGGAUGACUGCGCCCGGCAAUAGUCCCAACACCGAUGGUAUUGACAUAUCGAACUGUCAAGAAGUCAACAUACAUGCCUCAGUGAUUGCCACUGGAGAUGACUGCAUUGCCAUUAAUAGUGGUUCCUCUCGUAUCAACAUAACCGGCAUUUUCUGUGGCCCCGGUCAUGGCAUCAGCGUAGGAAGCCUUGGACUAUAUGGAGAUUUUGCAACCGUUGAAGAAGUUAGAGUAAAGAAUUGCACUUUUACAAACACUCAGAACGGUGUCAGAAUUAAGACAUACCAGAACGGAUCAGGAUAUGCUCGGAAAAUCUCAUUCGAUUAUAUAAACAUGGUUGCUUCUGAAAACCCUAUUAUCAUCGACCAGAGUUAUCACAAUAAGGGCACGAAUGGAGGAAAGAGGAAGUCAUCUAAUAGCUAUCAAAACUGUCAUUUGGCAAAACCAAGGUCUCAGCACGGUAAUAGCAAAGGCGUGAAAGUGAGCGAUGUGCGCUACACUAGAAUACACGGGUCAUCUGCGAGCGAUCAAGCUAUCACAUUGAACUGUGAUGCUGACUUGGGAUGUGCGGGUAUUGUGAUGGACCAUGUGAAUAUGAUCUCAUCAACAUCAGGACACAAGGUGUUUGCUUCAUGCAAAAAUGCUCAGGGGUCUUUUUAUGCUUCCAAAGUGAGUUGUCUAAAAGGUUGA